AUGGCUGAAAUCAUUCUGGGUGCAGUCAUUGAUGUGUUGUUUCAGAAGUUAGCCUCAGGUGACUUGAUGAAGCUGGCUCGAUCUGAAGGCAUCCAUUCCCAGCUGGACAAGUGGAACAACACUUUGCUCCACAUCCAAACUCUACUUGUUGAUGCAGCCAACAAGCACAUCACAGAUGGAGCUGUUGAUUUCUGGCUGCGUAAUCUCCAGGAUUUGGCCUACCAAAUAGACGAUAUACUCGAUGAUUUGGCCACAGAAGCUAUCCGCCGCAAAUUAAAUAAAGAUUCGCAUGCCAGCUCCAGCACCAACACAGGUAAGCUACGGAAGCUAAUCCCAAGUUGUUGUACUAAUUUCACCCCUCAUACCAUUAUUUAUAGUCAUAAGAUGAGCUCAAAGCUAGAUGAGAUUACGACCAAAUUGCACACUCUUUUUGAUCAGAAACAUACUCUAGGCUUGGAUGUGAAUGUUAAAAGGCCAAAGAGAAGAAAUAGGAGGUUGGAGGAAACUUCACUUGUUGAUGAGUCCAAAGUUAUGGGUAGGGAAGGGGAUAAAGAGGCAUUGCUUCACAGGUUGUUGGGGAACGAAGCAUGUAAUCAAAAUGUUAGCAUCGUGUCUGUAGUUGGUCUCGGUGGGAUUGGCAAAACCACUCUUCCCAAACUUGUGUACAAUGAAAAGAAGGUUAAGGAUCACUUUGAGCUCCGGGCAUGGGUUUGUGUUUCUGAAGAGUUUGAUGUAUUUAAUAUUAGCAAGGCUAUUUUUCAAGCUGUAGCCGGGACGAAUCAAGAUUUUGCUAAUCUAGAUCUGCUUCAUGUGGCUCUUAAAGAAAGACUUUCCAACAAAAGGUUCUUAGUUGUUCUAGACGACGUCUGGAACGAAGACUAUAGAGAGUGGGAACUCCUCCAAAGCCCUUUUGUUGUAGGGGCACCUGGAAGUAAAGUUAUUGUGACGACCCGGAAGACCAAGGUUGCAUCGGUCAUGAACUCUUUUCAACCUUAUGAUCUCAAGGUUUUGUCAGAAGAAGAGGCUAUGUCUUUAUUUGCUCAAUAUGCAAUAGAUGAACAAAACUUUGACAAGCAUCCAACACUUAAAUUGCAUGGUGAAGGCAUUGUGAAGAAAUGUGGCAGAUUGCCCUUGGCUUUGAUAACGCUUGGAAGGAUGUUGAGGACAAAAACAGAGGAGGAUGAAUGGGAGGAGGUGUUGAAUAGUGAGAUAUGGAGUUUGGACGAUGGAAGAGAGAUUCUUCCGGCUCUGAGAUUAAGCUACCAUGACCUCCCUUCACAUUUGAAGCAAUUGUUUGCAUAUUGCUCCUUAUUUCCCAAGGACUACGUGUUUGACAAGAACCAACUCGUCUUAUUGUGGUUGGCAGAGGGGUUCUUGAACCAAUCAAAUGGAAGGAAAUCGAAGGAGAGCUUGGGUCGUGAGUAUUUUGAAGAGCUAAAGUCAAGGACCUUCUUUCAGACGUCAACUACUGUGCAACCACGAUACAUAAUGCAUGACUUGAUUAAUGACUUAGCCACGAGUGUUGCUGGAGAGUUUUUCUUUAGGUUGGAUGAUAAAAUGGACACUUAUGACGUGAAUGAAUCUUUCGAAAAGUUCCGUCAUGUUUCAUUUAUAGGUCGAGAAUAUGGAACAUAUAGGAAGUUCAAGGAAUUACAAAGAGCUAGAGGCUUGCGAACGUUCUUACCUGUUUUUAGUUCCUGGUCACGUUUCAACUUAUCAAACGAGGUUCUUGCCGAAUUACUUCCCCAACUACAGUUCUUAAAGGUGCUAAGCCUACAUGAUCAUUCGAUCUCUGAGAUACCACAUUCCAUUGGUAGUCUCAAGCAUAUUCGAUACCUCAAUCUUUCAUAUACUAACAUUGAACGGUUACCAGAACAAGUCAGUGACCUCUAUAAUCUACAAAGCUUGUUGGUUUGUGGUUGUCAGAAGUUAUCUAACUUGCCCAUCAGUUUUGGUAAGUUGAUAAACCUACGACAUCUUGACAUCAGCGAUACUCCAAUGUUGAACAAGAUGCCCUUGGGUAUCGGUGGGUUGACGGGUCUACAAACUCUACCUAAGGUCAUUAUUGAAGGAGGUAAUGGGUUUAAAAUAUCCGAGCUUAAGGGUCUAUCGAAUCUUGAAGGUCGGCUUUUCGUUAAGGGGCUUGAUAAAGUGAUAUGUCCAAUCCAAGCAAAUGAUGCCAAGUUGCAAGAAAAGAAGGGUCUCGAUGAUUUUGUGAUGGGAUAG